GGCUGCCGGGCCGGCCCGGGCGCCCGAGGGCUGGGGGGCGGGGGGUGGGGGAGGCCGCCCAGCGCCGAAGCGGGGGCCCCGGCCGAGGGCGCGGCGGGGCUGCGCGCACGCUGGGGCGCGUGGAGGGGCGCGGAGGGCGAUAUGAGUCUGGUGGGGGGCUUCCCCCACCACCCGGUGGUGCACCAUGAGGGCUAUCCGUUCGCCGCCGCCGCCGCCGCCGCCGCUGCCGCCGCCGCCAGCCGCUGCAGCCACGAGGAGAACCCCUACUUCCAUGGCUGGCUCAUCGGCCACCCCGAGAUGUCGCCCCCCGACUAUAGCAUGGCCCUGUCCUACAGCCCCGAGUACGCCAGCGGCGCCGCCGGCCUGGACCACUCCCAUUACGGGGGGGUGCCGCCGGGCGCCGGGCCCCCGGGCCUAGGGGGGCCGCGCCCGGUGAAGCGCCGGGGCACUGCUAACCGCAAGGAGCGGCGCAGGACUCAGAGCAUCAACAGCGCCUUCGCCGAACUGCGCGAGUGUAUCCCCAACGUGCCCGCCGACACCAAACUCUCCAAGAUCAAGACGCUGCGCCUGGCCACCAGCUACAUCGCCUACCUCAUGGACCUGCUGGCCAAGGACGACCAGAAUGGCGAGGCGGAGGCCUUCAAGGCGGAGAUCAAGAAGACAGAUGUGAAAGAAGAGAAGAGGAAGAAGGAGCUGGCACUUCGGGCAUGCCUUUCGGACUCAGGGUCCCCCCCCCUGAUCUUUCGAUUGCACUGGCCCAGUCAUUCCAUGUCUUUUAGAGCCUUCAUUUGGCCUCCAAUCCGAUCUUGCUUUCAGGAACACAGAACUAUAACUGAAAAGCAGUUUUCUCCAGUUCCGACCAAGUGCCCACAGAACGAAAUCUUGAAAAGCACAGUGAGCAGCAACGACAAGAAAACCAAAGGCCGGACGGGCUGGCCGCAGCACGUCUGGGCCCUGGAGCUCAAGCAGUGAGGAGGAGGAGGAGGAGGAGAGCGCGAGUGAGCCGGGGCCCAGGAGCCGGAAGCAGACCCAGGACUCCGGGCAAGCUCUCCACGAUCCGCUCUGAGGACUUCUUGCAUUUGGAAUCAUCCGGUUUAUUUAUGUGCAAUUUGCCUCCCCUCUCUUUGCCCCCCUUUGAGGCAUCCGCUCCCCACCUCCCCCUCCAAACAAAAAAAAAAGUGGAUAUUUGAAGAAAAGCAUUCCAUAUUUUAAUAUGAAGAGGACACUCCCGCGUGGUAAGGGAUCCCGUCGUCUCGUAGAUUCUCUGUGUGUGAAUGUUCCCUCAAGGCUGUGUAGACACCAGCGUUGCUCCCACCCCACUUACCCAACCCCUUCCAGAUAAAGACAGCAGACAAUAGUGUGUAUGUAAAGUGUAUCUUUAAUACUUGGCCUUUGGAUAUAAAUAUUCCUGGGGAUUAUAAAGUUUUAUUUCAAAGCAGAAAAUGGGGCCGCUAACAUUUCAGUUGGGGUCGGUAUCUAGUGCUGUCUUUUCAUCUGUGGUCGUUCCCUAUUCGAAGAUGUUUCCAACAGCUACUUGUUUUGUGCACUUCCGUCCUCUAAAACUAAGUGGAAUUUAAUUAAUAUUGAAGGUGUAAACGUUGUAAGUAUUCAAUAAACCACUGUGUGUUUUUUUACAAAAACCCCAAUCUUUUAAUGGUUGAUACCUCAGAAGAGUUUUGAAAACAAAACUGUUAUACUUGUUUUCAUAAUAUUUAAAAUAUUCAGAAGUAAACUAAAUUAUCAUGAUUGCCUCUAA